GCAACUGGAAAGCACUGAGCCAGCUGACUGACGUCUGCUGCUUGGUUCGCCCAACGCUUGGACAAUCCCUUCUUUCCGUUUUCUGCACGGUCGCGACUCCCUCGUUCCCGCGCUGCACCGCCGCCCUCCGCUCGCUCAUACCGUUAAUUUCUUGGUUCCUUGGUUCUCGUCGCCAAUUGCACGCGACUGUCUCGUCAGCCUACGCUCGCUUAAAUCCUCCGCGGCUCUCACUACACACUGGUUCGAGAUGACGUCGCAAAGGAACACCAGCGCCGCCACGCCUGCCAACCGCUCUGCUACUACGAACAAGCGGUUCGAGCUCCCCGCACUUGAGUUCAAAUUUGGCUCUUUGACCGACGGAACCGACAUUCCCCCGCCCCUACCGUCGCCGGUUCAGGAGGAUCCCGUCGCGGCGACGCCGCCCGACACGCCAGAGCUCGAGAAGGAGCAACAAGAGGGGGCCUCGGCGACGAAUGGCAAACCGGACACGGCGUCGUCGCCCAACUCGCAGCCGGCGAGUGCUUCACCCACGGGCACCAAACGGCGCGCUGAAGACGGCCCUGCGUCUCCGACCCUCUCGAACCGGCCCGGCAGCAUCCGCCGCCUGUUCAGUCGCGGCCUGUUGAACACGGCAUACGCCAACGGGGACGGCGCGGGCCAGCAGGGCGGACGGCCCCCAAGUCGCGGCGCGGGCAGCGUCACCGACUCGCGUCGGGCCAAGCGGUCGAGCGGCUGGUUCGGCCGGUUACUCACCAACGAGGGGGUCGCGAACAAGGCCGCGGUGCCCCUCUCGCCUCCCGCCACGGACGACAAAAAGCCGACGGGCCCGCCGCCACCCCAGAUCCCCGAGCUGAGCGAGCUGAACUCGAAGCUGGGCAUCCCUAAUGACAGUGGCUUUGGGACCGACUUGUUCAAGGAUAUAAACGGGGAGUGUUGUGGAGGUGCAGACGCAAGAUACCCAGCUCUUUCUUUUUUCUCUCUUCCUUAUCCAUACCUCACGAGAACGUCCACAUUUUCUUCUGACGAAGGUUUCUUUUUGGUGCGUUUCACCACGUAUGCUCUGUGGCUGUUGUGGUGCCCGCAAUGUUUCUCAUGUUUUUGAACCGAAAGCGCGUGGAAAAACGCCGGGUCUGCCCGCCUUUUUUUGUUUGCUCUUCCUGUUGGCUUUGACAAUACUGGGGCGUGGUGUGACCACAAGCGAUCUUGUCCCGACAUCUUCGUCCUGUACACUCAUCCCACAAAAGGGAAAACUUGGCCGGUCGGCUACUCUGACUUAUUGUUACACACAUAACUAUAAUCUUGCGUCUGGGGGAGGAAACGAAGGGGGGAUACUGGGGGAUGAGGCAGAGCGACGAGACUGGGAAGGGGACACUGUUGUUGACCCCUUGUUACGCAGCACUCAAGUUAUGACUGACUACCUCCCUACUACAUACUUCCAAGUUACGGCUGGUUUCUUUCGUGUUAUUUGAGCUUAGCUGCAUCUGCGGCUAGUAAAAAAAAAAAUGGCGAUCUGCUCAUAGUUGGGCUUGAAAUAUAACAUGUCUGCGUUGUUCUUCCGCCAGAGCAUGCUCUCGGAUACGCGAAUGGCGGGACAGUGGUGGAAGUUGGGAGGCUUACGUGAGUGACGGGCC